CGCCCCACCCCGCCCCCCCACCUCCUUCACCCGCAGCACGCGGCCACCGCCACCUUUACCCCUCCACGCCGCCGCCGCCGUCCGUCCGUCGCCUUCCGCCGCGUGUCUCAAGCGGGCGACAAAAAUUCGAUCGAUCGACUGAGCCGCCAACCCGGUGUACGAUGCUGGGAGACGCGGGCGACGUGCUCGAGGGGCUGUGCAAGGGCGCCGUGCCCGCGGGGCUGCUGCUCGUGCUCCUGCCCGCCGCCGCGCUGCUGCUGCUGUCGCGCGCGGCCCCGGCCCAGGCGGCGCACGAGUUCCCGGCCAUGCGGGCCGCGCAGUUCGACAUCCACGGGCAGCAGCACGGCUCGCGGAACGCGAUCGUGAACGCUGAGGCGCGCUCGGGCGACGCCGACGGGCUGUCCCGCCGCUGCGUGCUGCUGCGCCUCUCGGAGCUGUCGCUGCACACGCUGCGACACGCGCUCGCGCAAGCCGCGGCCGCCAUCGUCAUCCUGCUGCCGCCCGACCUCGGCAGCCUCCCCGGCGAUGCGCUCGAGCGGCUGCGGGAGGUGGAGCCGGAGCUGCUGAUGAUGGAGACGGCAGUGCCGGUGUACCUGGCGCAGGAGGACGAGGAGCUCCUCUCCAUCCACGAGCAGCUCCACGCCGCCUCCACCGCCCUGCAGCACGCCUCCGCCGCGCAGGUCAUGCUGAGCACGGCGACAGCCAACGGCUUCCAGAUGGUGGCAAGCGGAGGCCAAAGCAAGGCCCUUCCAGACUGGCCAAUCGCCAGCAUCGAGGGCCGGCUGCCUGGUAUGGGGGGAGACGAUUUGCCGACCAUCGUGAUUGUGGCUCAUUACGACUCGCUGGGACUCGCUCCGUGGCUGUCAUUUGGCGCGGACUCCAACGGGAGCGGAGUGGCGGCGCUGCUGGAGUUGGCGCGGCUCUUCUCCAAGCUCUACACACACAAGCGCACGCACGCCGCGUACAACCUCCUGUUCUUCCUGUCGGGCGGCGGGAAGUUCGGAUACCAGGGAACCAAGCGCUGGCUCGAGGACAACCUAGACCACACGGAUGCGAGCUGGCUACAGGACAGCGUGGCGUUCGUGCUGUGCCUCGACACGCUGGGCAGCGGGGAUAGCCUCCACCUGCACGUGUCGAAGCCCCCCAAGGAGGGCACCCCCCCCUACGCCUUCCUCAAGGAGCUCGAAUACGUGGCGGCGAGCCAGCACCCGUCGCUGCGCUUCUCCAUGCUGCACAAGAAGAUCAACCUGGCGGAGGAGACGCUGGCGUGGGAGCACGAGCGCUUCGGCAUCCGCCGCCUGCCCGCGUUCACGGCCUCGCGCCUCGACACGCACCGCCGGCCCGAGCGCACCACCAUCGCCGACGUCGGGUCCCAGGUGGACAUCACGAAGCUGAGUCGGAACGUGAAGAUCCUGGGCGAGGCGCUGGCGCGGUACAUCUACAACCUCACGGGGAAGGGCACGACAGGAGAGUUUGAGGUGUUCUCAGAGCAACUGCGCCUGCAGGAGGAGCAGAUGGGCGCCAUGCUGGACUGGCUGGCUUCGCAGCCACGCGCCGCUCCGCUCGUGGGGCCGGACCACGCGCUCGUGACGACACUCGAGCACCACAUGGGGCGCUACCUCAAGGAUGUCCGCACGCACAACGUGCGCGCCGACAAGAGAGAACCAGAGUUCCUCUUUUAUGAUCAGCUGAAGCAGACGAUGAAUGCCUAUCGAGUGAAGCCUGCAAUUUUUGACCUGAUCUUGGCAGUUGGGAUUGCGGCCUACCUGGGCGUGGUGUACCUGGCUAUACAGAACUUCGGGCUGCUCUACGAGACCAUGCGAAGGCUCAACGCUAAGCCAAAGCUGCAGUGAGCAGCAGCAAUCACACACACAUCCUCGCACACACACGCACAGAGACAAUACCCAAUAUAGGCACACAGACUGUUUGGGGCAAGUGCUGUUAGCGAGCACC